CUUUCAGUGUCCCGGUCAGAACAUAUGUAGUGUUAAUUCUGAGGCAGCCUGUGUGACACCAGCUGCUUCUCUUCAGUUUUCCUCUUAGUGAAGCAAGUGUGACUCAGUCUUCGUCACAAGGCUACUUUCCUUUUGAAAAAUCUCUUUACAAUCGUCUUUUACUUCAAAGUCGUGUAACUCUAGUUUGGAGCUGUGUUGUAAAAACAACGUUUUUCACACUAAUGUUAAAACUUUGAAGAGAAAUGACAAAUACAGCAGUAAGCAACCAGUUAGCUGCCAAAGAUGCAAAGAAGGUGGAAACUGAGAAAAAGAAGGAAGAUAUCAAGGACACAUGCAAGAAGUACAGUGCCUGUGCUUUUAUAUUAGCAAUACUUUUAGUUGCUAAUAUUGUUUUAAUUGUUCUUCAAGCUCAAGGUGCUAGGCACUAUUGCCCGGAUAAUUGGAUUGGUUCCAAAGAUAAAUGCUACUAUUUUUCUAAAGAAGAGAAAGAUUGGAAUUCUAGUAGAUACAACUGUACCUCUCAACAUGCUGACCUAGCUGAGAUCGACACUGCAGAAAAGAUGGAGUUUCUUAUGCGCUUCAAGUGCAGUUGGGAUCACUGGAUUGGGCAAGUUAAGACGGAAAUUCAAACAGGACAGUCGAUUGAUGGAACUGUAUUUAAGAAUUGGGAUCUUGCGACAAGAAAUGAAAUAUGUACUUACCUUAAUGAAAAUGGUCUUGCAACAGCCAGAUGUUACACAGAGAGGAAAUGGAUUUGCCAGAAGAAAAUAGGCUGAAUAAGAAUGGAUUGAAAACUAUGAAACACUAGCAACUUUUGAGAGAGUUGCUGGAAAAGAAUAUGCUUGUAUAUCAUGUUGUACUGAUGUAGCUAGCAUCAAAUAAUGGUGCUGAGGAGCUGCAAACUCAAGAAGAUUCAUGUUGCUUCAGUUAAAACACAGAUUUCUAAUUUUCUCAUGGUGUGAGAAAUGGAAUUAGGAAAGACACAUUUGGCAAUAAAGAAGGCAGAGAUGGUCUCUGCCUCUGAAGGAAGAAAGGGUGUGUGGGCUACAACCUGUAUGUACCCUCACUGGACAAUAAGCAAAUAUAGAAUCACUCCCCUCUUUCCAUUAUUCUGAAUUGUUAUUGAUAAAUAAUAGCACUUCUCAUGGGUUCAUGAAUUCUGCAAUGCACUUUAAUCAAAGUGUUUGUUUAAACAAAGACCCUGCAAAAAAUGUUUGCCCAGGAUCUGUCAAAUAUAUAUAUACAUACAUACACAUUCUGAUUUCUGUAUUUUAACAUUCAUAACAAUUAAUUUCAAAAUUGUACCUCUGAAUGUGAAAUUAAAUAAAAUAAUACAGUAGAAAGUCUAGAGUAAUAUCUUCAUAUCUUUAAAAUACAAUUUUACAAAACCAAUACCCAGCAGUCAGUAAUUACACAGGGUCUUUGCAGUUAAGGGUCAAUUAUAAUUUUAUUUAGUUUUAAUACUUGCGCAUGUAUGAUAUGAAAAAGUAUACAGUCUAUUCCACGUGAUGGAAGUGAUUUUUGUAAACUUUCAGUCAUACAUAGGUGUAAUAAAGUUUCCUUUCUUCUGUCUUCUGGAUUAAAUUAUGAGCCUGGAAGGAUAUGUUGAAAUCCUUAUCCCCAGGGCUUCAGACUGUGACCUUACUUGGAAAUAUAAACCACCGCGCUAAACAUAAUAGUUAAGAUAAAAUCAUUUGGAUGAGCCUUAAUCUCUUUAUGACUAGUGUUGCUAUGAGAAGAAAUUUGGAUUCAGUGACAGACACUAACAAAGGGAACACUAUGAAGACAAAAUGAGGAAAGGAUAGCUGUGUGACUGAAGUGAUGUGUCUAUGCGCCAAGGAAUGCUGAGGAUUGCCGCCAGCCUUUGCCAGGUGCUAGAAGAGACAAGAAAGGACAAGAAAGGCUUCUCCCCUAGAACCGUCUGCCAAAGCAUGACCCAACAGACGCAUUGAUCUUGGGCUUCCAGUCUUCAAAACUGUGAGACAAUAAACCUCUGUUGUUCUAAAUCAU